GAUACAGCAGGGGCACACAUGCCCUGAACCAUUUGAUCCCAGCGAAAUUUGAGGCGUGGAAACACGCCGCUUUAAUAGUAGGCAAGGCAGGUGUCCCCACCCUUGAAUUGGCAUGCGGGCAUAACACGUGCUUCUAAGCGCGCUGACACGCGGUUUGAAUUGUAUCCUGCAUUGCUAAUGCGCUGCACGAAGUAUUUUAUACAUUGUAGAUGUCCCCACGCUGGCUAUAGCGCCCUGAGCGCGACACCCUGAUGCGAGCAUGCUCGCGGCCCAAACUGUGGGCCGUGGCGCUGUACGCUGCCAUUUAGCCCGGCCGAAGCGCUGAAGUAUCCUAUGCAAUACAACAAGAGUUAAGAGUGCUUGUACGCUGGCUACAGCGCCCUGAGCCCCGACCCGAGCACGCGCGAGCAUGCUCGCGGCCCAAACUGUGGGCCGUGGCGCUGCUCGCUGCCAUUUGCAACAAAAGAGAGCGCCAGCAAGCGCACGCGGCCUCCGAACCAGGAACUCGAUAGCUUUCCGAAGCACGGCGGCAUAAGUUGCUCGCUCAUCAGCUACCGUACGCAAACGUAACUUUAUAAAACAAACCACACAGAAAGACAGCAUUUGAGACCUCGAUGUGAUGCAUGCGGCCUUCAGAGCGACACACGAAACCCCGGGCCCUGCACUUCUUACCCCCUGCAACUGAACCACCUCCCGCUCAAACACUGCUCCCUACUUCAAAACUUGUUUUAAGCUCCGCUGCGGCAGUGAGCACCGCCGCAGCUAUGCGCUGCCUCGGCUCCUCGCCUAUCCCUGUACCCUCUCCCCGUGUCCCCAAAACCAAAGCUGCGGCAGGCCUCGCCAGCGGUGCAUGCCUCACAUCUUACCAGUCAACAAAAGAGAGCGCCAGCAAGCGCACGCGGCCUCCGAACCAGGAACUCGAUAGCUUUCCGAAGCACGGCGGCAUAAGUUGCUCGCUCAUCAGCUAUGUCGCCUAAAAGCGCAGCACCCGUAAAAAAACCGGGAACUAUAAAAACUUUUGCGCUGUAACGCGGGCUGUCACUGAGGCACUGGCCACGAUGCAGCUGUAUGACGACAGGCCUGCACCGCUUUGACCUUCCCAGGGUAUGAGCACGGAGCGUGGAGAGGCUGGACGGCCGCCACGCCCGACCCUGUAUACCAGCCGCUGUCCUGGGCACUUGCGGGGUGAUCAAGAUGCGCCUGCGGCGAUCACUGCAAUAGUCGGAGAUACCAGAGGUGUGGUCGAGAGAUGAUUCAGUCGUAUGUACAAGGAGAGCUGGGGAACCUGUA